AGAAGAAGGACUUUAAAAAUUCACUCAUUCAUGCACAUAACCUUUUACAAAAACCACUUUCAUACUCAUUUUCAUCAUCUUCAUUAUCAUUGUUAUUUUCAUUAUCAUCAUUACCAUCCAUGGCACGGACACAAAUCUUGAUCGCAGGUGCUGGUCUCGGUGGAUUGGCAUUUGCCAUCAUGCUUGAACGAUUGCCAGAACAUAAAAAAGUCGACUAUCUUAUUCUAGAACGAUGUGUUUGGUCCAAUCCAAUGGGGAGUGCCAUCUCUCUUCAUGCUUCUGUCAUACCUUUAUUAAAACAACUUGGUAUCUGGGACGAUGUCGAGCGUGCUAGUAAACCCAUGAGUCAAUUUUCUAUCAAACGUGAGGAUGGCUCUGAUCUGGGCACAGUUGAUUUUGCAUAUGGACAAUUUGAUUACUCAUAUUACGGAAUGGUCCUCAGUCGGCCUGACCUUCAUGAAAUUUUAUUAUCGCAUGUACCGUGUGAAAAGAUAAUGAAUGGGAAACGGAUCGUUUCUGUGUCACAGGAUGAUAUCGGAGUAUCGGUUCACUGUUCAGACGGAUCAAUUUAUCAUGGUGAUAUUUUGGUUGGAGCCGAUGGAGCUUAUUCAGCUGUACGACAAUCUCUAUACAAGGAUUUGAGAGCCCAUGGCAACUUGCCAAAACAGGAUUUCAGUCCCAUUAAACUGGAUCAAGUGGUUGUAGUCGGAAUCACUGAACCAUUGAACCCACAAGAAUAUCCAUUGUUGAAAGAGGAUGUUUGUCAAUUCAGGAUUGUUCUCGGUGGACGGGAUCGGCCUUACACAAUGUGGAUGGUCCCACUCUCCAACAACAGGAUAGCAUGGUCGAUUGGUGGGCGAAGCGACGCUUUAGCGGGUUCAUCCUUCUGGAGUGAAAGUCAGGAAGAGGCAACGAGAUCAAUGGGACAACCGAGAACAGUGAAUUACAAUCAUCCACUUGAUGGCCCACCUCGUUAUCAACAACAACAAUAUUCAAGGUUUCCUGAUUGGGGUGAAGCCGAGAGCGAUUCGAUUGAAGAGAUCUGUGCACAGAUGCGGUCAAAACAAAAUCCAUUUGGCUAUGGGACAUAUGGAGAUUUAAUUGACAAGACGCCGCGGCAUCUGAUCUCCAGAGUGAUGUUUGAAGAAAAAGGCUUCCAGACAUGGUAUGGCGGACGAACUGUCCUGAUCGGUGAUGCAUGCCACAAGAGUGUUCCAUUUGGCGGGCAAGGUGUUGUCAAUGCAAUAUUCGAUGGCGCAUGCCUAGUCAAUUUGAUCCACGAUUUACCUUCAAACCCAUCCAUGCAAAACCUUGGAGAUAUGUUUCAAACAUAUUUCGAGCGAAGAUACCCCGCAGCUCGCAUUGCUAUUGAAGGCAGCAGCCAAUUUGCUAAGCUCUUUUACGAUCAGAGUCAAGUCGAGGAAGAUGGUCGUGUAGUGAUGUUUAACAGUGUGCCAAGGUGGUUACAACGAUGGACACUCGACAAAUCUAAUAGACUGGAUCCCAAACUGGAUUUCAUGUUGAAUACCACAGACAUGUCGUGUUCAUCUCUCCAUACAUCCUCAUCACCAUCACCAUCACCUCCAUCACAAUCAUAUCCCAAAGGGAUAGACAUCCUCAACAAAAACAAGAAAAAUAGCAGUGGUAUGACAGAUAGGCAUUCGAAUAACCAUAUCGGGAACAGUAUAGAUGAGCUGGAACUCAUGAGUCAACUGUCACUUCAGGACAAUAGAAACAAUAGGAUAAGCGGAUUUACACCACAAUCAACGUCAGAAAUGCAAGAAGAUGAUGAUGAUGAUAGUGGUGGUGGUGACGACGAGCUCAAAUUUGAGCUGGAAUUAGAGGAAGAGGACAAUAACUUCGAUAACAACGACGACUGCCAAAACUUUCAAGGAGAAGAGAUUGAAGGUGUUGGGACAGGAGUUAAUCCAACCAGGGUAAUAGAUGAUGAUCUAUUUAGAGGCAGGGCCACAGGGAUAUUGCAUAAUAGCGGCUAUUAAGUAAAAUAUAAAAUAUAUAUAAAUAUAUAUAAACGAG